AUGGCUGAAGACGCAGACAUGCGCAAUGAACUGGAGGAGAUGCAGCGAAGGGCUGACCAGCUGGCUGAUGAGUCACUGGAAAGCACCCGUCGUAUGCUGCAACUGGUUGAAGAGAGUAAAGAUGCUGGUAUCAGGACUUUGGUUAUGUUGGAUGAACAAGGAGAACAACUCGAUCGUGUCGAAGAAGGCAUGAACCAUAUCAACCAAGACAUGAAGGAGGCCGAGAAAAAUUUAAAAGAUUUAGGGAAAUGCUGUGGCCUUUUCAUAUGUCCUUGUAACAAGCUUAAAUCAAGUGAUGCUUACAAAAAAGCCUGGGGUAAUAAUCAGGACGGAGUGGUGGCCAGCCAGCCUGCUCGUGUGGUGGAUGAACGGGAGCAGAUGGCCAUCAGUGGUGGCUUCAUUCGGAGGGUAACAAAUGAUGCCCGAGAAAAUGAAAUGGAUGAAAAUCUGGAGCAGGUGAGCGGUAUCAUUGGGAACCUCCGUCACAUGGCCCUGGAUAUGGGCAAUGAGAUUGAUACACAGAAUCGCCAGAUCGACAGGAUCAUGGAGAAGGCUGAUUCCAACAAAACCAGAAUUGAUGAGGCCAACCAACGUGCAACAAAGAUGCUGGGGAGUGGUUAAAUGUGCCCACCUGUGUUCUCUUCCAAAUGCUGUUGGGCAAAAUAGCACCUUCAUGCUUUUCUCAUCGUAUUACCUAGUAGGUCUGCACACAUACACACAUCAGUCCACUCCCAUUGUGAAUGUUGUCUUGUGUCAUUCAUCACCUUCCAAACAAUAUUAUGUGUUUUGUUCUUUCUGGGUCUCUUUCUUUCCAAAGGUUGUAUAUAGUAGUCAUUUGGUGGCUCUAACUCCCUACAUAAGAUGUCUUGGGUUUCAUUUUUCCUUUUCUCUCCUCAGUGGUGUUUGCUGAAUGACAACAAUUUAGGAAUGCUCAAUGUGCUGUUGAUUCUUUCAAUACACAGUAUUGUUCUUGUAAAACUGUGACAUUCCACAGAGCUACUGCCACUGUCCUUUCCUUGGGUGUCAGGCUCUGAAACUCUCAAAAUUUGCUGUCCUUGGUUCCUCAUGGCUGUCAUCUGUCUUUAUGAUUUCAUGAUUAGACAAUGUGGAAUUACAUAACAGGCAUUGCACUAAAAGUGAUGUGAUUUAUGCAUUUAUGCAUGAGAACUAAAUAGAUUUUUAGAUUCCUACUUAAACAAAAUCUUUCCAUGACAGUAGCAUACUGAUGAGAAAACACACACACACACACACACACCAACAGAAACAACAAUACAACAAAGCAUGCUCAGUAUUGAGACACUGUCAAGAUUAAGUUAUACCAGCAAAACUGAAGUAGUGUCACUUUCUUUCUGUCAAUAUAUAGACUUAUUAAUCAUAAUCAUCCUUUUUUUAAAAAAAGAAUUAAAAAAAAAAGAUGGAUUUGACACACUCACCACUUAAUCAUUUCCAGCAAAAUAUACGUUUGGAUGAACUAUGUCAAAUGAAUGUAAUAUAGGAUUUGUUUGCUGCUUUUGAAGGCUAUGUUUUGGAGAAAGCAAUCUUGCUGUGAAACAGUGUGGAGAUGUAAAUUUUAUAAGGCUGACUCUUUUUAAUCACCAUUUCCCCCUGUGGUUUGUUAUCAGUACAAUUCUCUGUUGCUUAAUCUAGAGCUAUGCACACCAAAUUGCUGAGAUACUUAGUAGCUGAUAAAGAAAUCUUAAAAAAAAAUAAUAUAAAUGAAUGAAAUAUAGAUAAACUGUGAGAUAAAUAUCA